GACCAUGAAUUAGGAAUGGAGGUCCAUAAAAGGCUGCUUGCUUGGGACGCAGAAUCACCACCAAGCGAGGAGAUGGAGCUAGAAGAGCUCAGAAGAGGGCCGUGGACUGUGGAAGAAGACAUCGUGCUCGUCGAACACGUCACCGAGCAUGGCGAGGGCCGAUGGAAUGCCCUCGCUCGUCGUGCAGGUCUGAAGCGAACUGGAAAGAGCUGCAGGCUUCGAUGGCUCAACUAUCUCCGCCCGGAUGUUCGGCGUGGUAACAUUACUCCGGAGGAGCAUCUUCUCAUCCUCGACCUCCACUCUCGCUGGGGAAAUCGGUGGUCCAAAAUAGCACGGUAUCUACCGGGCAGGACUGACAACGAAAUAAAGAAUUACUGGAGGACUCGGGUGCAAAAGCACGCCAAACAACGCGACGCCGGCGGCGCAGCGCGGCGUCGGUGGACGCCCUGCCUUCCCGAACCAAUCCAUGCGGCCUCCUGCGUCUUUCCUUCCGCCUCCUACGUCGGCCCCAUCGCCGCCCCGGGCCAUCCUCCACCGCCCUACUCGUUCGGGCAGCCGGAGCAGGCGAUCGCGGCAUGCAAGGAGACGGCUGCGUCGUCGUCGUCGUCGACGACGUCGAAGGACUCGAUUCCGAUCACUGAACAGGGCGGCGGGAUGAUCGAGGGUGGCGAGGAGAUGCUCGGUGUCGGUGGCGGUGGGGAUGGGUGGGCCGAGUCCCAGCUGCCUUGUCCCCUGAAUCAUGACGAGCUUGAGAACGUCGGAUGGGAAUCAGAGGGCUUGUUGAGCGGUGAUUACUUGUGGGCUGUGGAUGACAGUUGGUCCAUGAAUCAGUAGAUCUAAUUGGAUCUAUCGUUGCAAUUCGUCAUGGAGCUGAUGAUCGAACGAGACGAUCAUAAGAGCAGUUUUAUGUUUGCUUAAUGUUACCAGACUUAGCAGGAAGUCUAC